AUGGCGAGCGCUUUAAUAUCGAACCCGUACGCCGCCCAGCAGAGCGCACACUACGGAUACGUCCAACCGCCUCAACCUCCCCCCUCGCCACCCAUGGACGAGACAUCAAAGUGUUCUCUGCCCUCCAUCUCAAAUCUCCUCGGUCUCGCCGACCAGGGCUCGCCCACAUCUGAGACUCACCCUCAAAUCCCCCAACAAGGUACGGACUGGACGGACUGCCAACAAAGCGGAACCAACAGGAUCAGCACCAUCAACAACGCCCGUGGCCUCAGACUGACUCUCGACACAGCACCCUCCCACAAGUCCGAGACGAGACCAAACUCCUCGCACUAUGGCGGCCGCAGCGGCCUCCCCCCGACGCCCCCCAUGAGCUCUGACGCCUCCUUCGACGGCUACAACUCGCCCUCGACGAGAUCCGUCAGCCAGCUCUCCGUCGUCUCCCAACCCCAGAGCAGCGGCAACUACUACUACGAGUCGACGCCUCCUCUGGAAGCCGACGCCCACCGUCACAGCAUGGCCCCGAUGGUGCCCCGCGUGCCCGUCCAGGCGCCGUACGCCCAGCAGCCGUUCCCGCACGGGUACAUGUCCGCCCACAACCCCAUGGCGGCCUCCUACUACCCGCCCAUGCAGCCCACGCCCCCUCCGCAGGCGCAGAUGUCGGGCAUCUACUACCAGCGUCCGUUGCCGCAGCAGUUCCCGCCGAUGGCCCCCGUGCCCGUCGGCCUCGGCCCCGCGGGCUCCAACCCGUGGCAGCACCACCACUACAUCUCGCCCUCCUCAGCCGCCUCGUUCCCGCAGAGCCAAGACCGCUACAUCUGCCAGACCUGCAACAAGGCCUUCUCCCGCCCGUCCUCCCUCCGCAUCCACAGCCACUCCCAUACGGGCGAGAAGCCCUUCAAGUGCCCGCACUCCGGCUGCGGCAAGGCCUUCAGCGUCCGCAGCAACAUGAAACGCCACGAACGCGGGUGCCACAACUUUGAGAGCGGCGGCAACUGA